GCGCUUAUGGCUGCGCCUUACGCCAUCAAUUAACGUCUUCAUUUUCUCUUAACCUCUACUCUCUAAUCAUGUUUAUAAAUUACUCAAUAAACGGAAGCAAAGCGAGAGAGAGAAAUUGAAAGAACCAGACAGGGCACUGCUAGCUCUUCUCUUUCUCCAUACAAGCAAUUUCUCUACUUAAAAUUAACGGAUUCACGUGCUCGAUCAACACCGCCAUUGAUCCUUUUCAAAGAAACCACUCUGCGUUUCAUUUUUCUCUGUCUUGAAUGGGAGACACAGAGAGUUGCAGCAGCAGAGCUGUAGAUUUCGUGCCUCGAAACCAGAGGCAAAAGCUUGAUGUUUUUAACGAUGUUCUCUACCGACUUAAAGAAUCGAAUAAUGAAGAAGCGAGUCUUCUUGGUUUUGAAGACGAACUCUGGGCUCAUUUUUGUAGACUUCCUCCUCGAUAUGCCAUGGAUGUGAAUGCGGAGAGAGCAGAGGAUGUUAUUAUGCAUAAGAGAUUGUUGCAGAUGGCACAUAAUCCAGCUACUCGGCCGGCAAUUGAAGUGCGACUUGUUCAGGUUCCUUUUGCAUCUGAUAGACAUUCCGGUGAUUCGGUAGAUUCAGAAUUGCAGCUUCAAUAUUUUGAGUAUCUUGGCAAACAUAGCAUUCAUCCACCACCAGCCUUUGGUUCCUUAUCUGAUUCUGAACUUCUUCAUAAAUAUCAGGAUAAGGAUAUCUCAGUGAUUACCGGGCCACUUUCCUUCCGGCUGGUGCAUGAAAUUACAAUUUCAACUAAUGAUAAGCCAAAACUCCUGAGUCAGCUUACUUCCUUACUGUCUGAGAUCGGGCUCAACAUUCAAGAAGCUCAUGCCUUUUCCACAAUAGAUGGCUACUCCUUAGACGUGUUUGUUGUUGAUAAUAUGGCACUUGAGGACACAGAGCGGCUUAGAAGCAUGGUGUUUAAGGAAAUUCCAAAAAUCGAGGAGGACGCUGAUUCGAAGUCACACACGGUUUAUCCUGUUGCGGAGCUAGAUCAAAUAGGAAUCAGUCUUGUCUCUAAUCCCAUGAAUGUCCCUUCUGAUUCAAUUGAUGUUUGGGAAAUUGAUGUACAGCAGUUAACGUACGGGAAAAAAAUUGCAAACGGAUCCAGUGGAGUUCUGUAUAAAGGCACCUUCUGCAGUCAAGAUGUAGCUAUUAAAGUGCUUAGGGGUGAACAUCUAAACAAUAAACGUCAGAGUGAAUUUGAUCAAGAAGUCUUUAUCAUGAGGAAAGUUCGUCACAAGAAUGUUGUGAAAUUCAUCGGUGCAUGCACCAGACCUCCAAGCCUGUGCAUCAUUACAGAAUUUAUGUCUGGUGGAAGCAUGUAUGACUUUCUGCAUAAACAAAAGGAAAGUUUAAGUCUUCAGUCUUUACUCCGAGUAGCAAUUGAUGUUUCCAAGGGAAUGCACUGCUUGCACCAAAAUAAUAUAGUACAUAGAGAUCUGAAAUCUGCCAAUCUGUUGAUGGAUGAAAAUGGAGUAGCUAAAGUUGCUGAUUUUGGUGUUGCUAGAGUGCAAGAUCAGACUGGUGUGAUGACAGCAGAAACUGGAACCUAUCGCUGGAUGGCUCCAGAGGUUAUUGAACACAAACCGUAUGAUCAUAAAGCUGAUGUUUUUAGUUUUGGCAUUGUGCUCUGGGAGUUGCUUACUGGAAAGCUUCCGUAUGAGCAUUUGUCUCCAUUACAAGCCGCAGUUGGUGUGGUCCAGCAGGGUCUAAGACCAUCAAUUCCAAGCCAUUCACAUCCCAAAUUGGCGGAACUGCUUGAGAGAUGCUGGCAGCAAGACCCAUCUUUGAGACCUGAUUUCUCUGAAAUUUUACAGCUUCUACAGCAGAUAGACAGGAUGGUUGCUGAAGAAAGACAGGACAAGCAGAAAGGAAAGUCUCCUAGAAGAGUUGUAACUGCAAUUAGAGGAGACACACGGUGAUGCUAGAAGUGAAUAUUUCAUCCAUCACAAUGCUUGCUUUUGUUCAAUCAGGGUUUGGUGCUCUUCCUUGAUGAAUACAAAUACAAAUACAAAUACAAACACGUCUACAUACACACCUUGUCGGUACAUAUAUCAACUGUCGGAGAUAAGCACGUAUGUUCCCUAACCUUGAAGUAGAACUGUUGAUCUUAUAGUUGCUCACCAAGUGUAGAGCUUAGCUUUAGUUUGUGUUGUCCUAGCUCUAGGGUUGUGUCGGUUUUCAGCCAGCGAGAGCGUAGACAUUAUGAAGUGUUCAGUGAACUGCUAGUUCUUUAGAGAUAGGGUGUUCUUUUUUUCCCUGUUAAAAGCUUUGGAAUUAGGAGUUAAUGCUUUAAUGAAUUUUAAUAUA